AUGGAAAUAGCAAAUAAUGACUUUUGUGGUUACGGUGGCAUGACACCACGAAGUCAAUGGGGUCGUAUAGCUGCACUCAUUUAUGCAGUCUUCGGAAUCCCAAUAAUUCUACUUUACCUCUCAACAAUGGGUGAAGGACUAUCAAGCGCAAUGCGAUGUGUUUUUAAGCGCUUACGUGCAACAUCGUCAAAGAGUAACUCAUCGUCCUCAUCGAAUACGAAUAGCACAUCAUCAUCAACCACAACACCAUCAUCGUCCACAUCUAAUAAUAUACUUGGUGAGACGACAAAUAAUAAUAAAAGUAAAAUAAUAGAAAGUGAGAAGCGUCAAUAUGCUGGAUGGAAUCACAGCGGUAGUAGUAUACAGCAACAACAUUUCCAUAAUCCUAGUAGUGGCAAUGGUGGGAGUUACAAUAACAAUUAUUUAUCAAAUAGUUUCAGUAUAACGAGCGGUAGCCAUCAUAAGAAACAAAAACAAUCAGUUGUGCCAAUAUCGAUUUGUAUAAUGAUACUCAUAUGCUAUGUCACAAGCGGUGCUGUUCUUUUUCAUGAACUUCAAAAGUGGAACGUACUCGAUAGUAUAUAUUUUUGUUUUACAGCACUAAGUACAAUUGGUUUUGGCGAACUACAGCCAAAGGAUGAACUAGGGAUGUAUGUUGCCAGUGUUUAUAUUAUUGUUGGUAUGGCUAUUGUUGCGAUGUGCUUCAGUCUUAUACAAACAGAACUAAUCAUUAUGAUCAGAAAAUUUACAAUCAAUGAGCAGUCACAUGAUGAUGAAAUUACAUUAGCAAAUGUUACAAUAACGCCAAUAAAGUCCUGACACCGACCAAACGACUUACUACUAACUGAUUACAACUCAUUACCGCGAACACCACGUGGAAGUCAGACAGGCUUUCAUCGUAAUACUCCAGCAAGACGAUCAGCGGGUAUUCUCGAGAGUCAAAUGGAAUACUUUGUUCCACGUAGUGUAAGUGAAUUUAAUUUAAGUGGUGUCGGUGAUUUGGCACUUCCACCGCCCCCGAAACGUAUCCAACAGACAAUUGUUCCCAUCACACCCAUGACACAAACGACACUAUUGACGAUACAGAAGCCACGUGAAAAAAUGGUGACAUUCGAAGAUGAAUCAUCGACACUUACGAAGUGUCCACACGGAGUGCCAGCAACGCCGUCAAGGAAAAAUAUACAGCCACCACCACCACUAAUGGGUGAUGUAUUUAUGUGACGUGAUAAUAUAGAUGGUGAGAUGAUGGAAAUGAUGGCAUCACCGACUGAUUAUAGUGUCAAUGGCACAACAAAUAAUAAUGCUGGAGCUAAAGUGUGAGAUGAAUAAGAAUGAUGAUGAUAAUGAUAGGAUAUGUUUAGUUCAAAUGAGUAUGGAGGUAUGCAACUUGGGGAUAUGGUAUGAGAUGCUUUUGGUCCUGAAUACUUCACAAGAUAUUCGUUUGACCAAUGCUCUCACAAUCUUGUCUACAGCUUGCAUCCCCCUGGAAAUUUUCAAGUCUAACUUUUUUAUAUCUAGACAAUAAGAUUGAUAAGCAUUGGCAAUGACAUUGAAUAAAUGUAGGAAAAAAUGAAU